UAUACUUUGACAAAUAAACAAGUUUAUGAACAUUUCUGAAUAUUUGAAUACGACCUACUUUGAGCGGUCUUAAUUCUCAUUUAUAAAAAAAUGCCCACUAAAGUAGCCGUUGUUACUGGAUCAAAUAAAGGAAUCGGUUUUGCCAUCGUACGUGGUCUCUGUAAGCGAUUUGAUGGUGACGUUUACCUUACUUCUAGAGAUUUAAAUCGGGGUCAGAAUGCAGUCGCUGAACUUAACAAGGAAGGUCUGCGUCCGAAAUACCAUCAACUGGACAUCACAGACCCUAAGAGCGUUGAAAAGUUACGUGAUUAUUUAAAAGAAAAUUAUGGGGGUAUAGAUAUUCUAGUGAACAAUGCUGCUAUUGCUUUUAAAGUUAAUGCUCCGGAACCCGUCGCAGUUCAGGCGGAACAAACUUUGUUUGUUAAUUACUACUCUGUUCUAUCGACUUGCGAGAUACUCUUUCCAAUUUUACGCAAUGGUGCAAGAGUAAUUAACAUAUCAAGUUCUUGUGGGCAUUUGAGUAAAAUCAAGAGUGAGAAGUUGAGGAAUCAGUUGAAGGACCCUAAUCUAACUAUAGAAGGCUUGUCUAGCAUGAUGCAAGAAUAUAUUGAUGCAGCAAAACAAGGUACUCACGCUGCAGACUGGGGAAAUUCAUGCUAUGUUGUUUCUAAGGUUGCAGUAACAGCAUUGACCAUGAUACAACAAAGAAUGCUUGCUGAUAGAGAUAUUAAAGUAAAUGCCGUACACCCUGGAUAUGUGGACACUGAUAUGACUUCUCAUAAGGGAGUGCUAACUAUUGAUGAAGGGGCAGUUGCUCCACUUUACAUAGCAUUAGACGCUCCAGACUCUGUUAAAGGGCAGUAUAUUUGGAAUGACAAAAGAAUAAUCAGUUGGGAAGGAAAAUUGGUUGAUAGAGACUAAUUGGACCUUACAAUUAAAGCUUAAGAUAAUACUGAAUUAUGAAAGUUUUUGAUGUUUACAUAUAUGUCUAUAUAUAUCAUACAAUGAAUUCCACUGUUCUUAAAAUUGCUGUAAAUUUUGUACAUUUUCUAAAUAA